UUCGAUAUUAUAGUCGGAGUAAACAGAAUUCUAAAAUUGUUUUCAAAUUUGUAAUUUAGAAAAAAGGGUUUCCAUUGAAAAAUGUUUGCAUGUUUUAAUUACAUUGGUAAAAACGUAUUUCAUAUUCACUUAUUUGCUGAGAAGAUAAAAUAAAUUAAAAAUUUCAUUUAACGACAACAUUUUUAAAUUUAACAGAAUUUUUGAACCUCAGACGGUCACAUUGUAUUUUUUCGCUGCUCGAAAUUCGAAGAAAGAUAACUGCUUCGUCGCGGGCCAAGAAGUUGCGGGUAUCCGAAAGCCCUUUGUGGAUUCUAAAGAGCACACGCCUGCACACCGAUUUCACAGCGAUUUCACUGCGCCCUUGGCAACAAGUAAUUUCCCCCUUUCCCGUCGCUGUGCUUGAGAGAGAGAGAGAGUGAGAGCAAUGCAGAACAUGAAGACCAGGUCCGGUCCCAGGCCGUCGCACCAACGCCGACCCCGACCGGGAGCAGCUGCCAGCUCGACGGAGAAUGCCGCGGUCAAGCCGGAGGCCACCGACUACCAAGCGGGCAGCGACGAUAACGCCUGUGUGGUGUGCUUCAAGAACGUGGACAUCUACUCCAUUGGCGACUGCGACCACCCGGUUUGCUACGAGUGCUCCACGCGAAUGCGCGUCCUGUGCCAGCAGAACGAGUGUCCCAUCUGUCGUCACGUCUUGUCUAAGGUUUUGUUUACGCUGGAGAAGCUGCCUUACCGCGAACUGGAGGCCAACAACCGCUCCGAUUUCUACAGCAAGAAGUACCGCAUUGGGUUCUGCAGUGCCGAGAUUCAGCAGAAGUUCUUCAAGCUCCUCGACCAUCCAUGUCCCAAGUGCGAUGUGCCGCCGUACCGAACGUUCCAGGGCCUGCGCAACCAUGUACGUAGCGAGCACAGCCUUCACUACUGCGACCUUUGUGUUGAGACGCUGAAGAUCUUCACCUUCGAGCGCCGCUGCUACACACAGCAGGAGCUGCAGCUGCACAACACCAAGGGUGAUCCGGACAAUCGCUCACAUCGCGGCCAUCCGCUGUGCGAGUACUGCAAGAAGCGCUAUGUGGACCGGGAUGAACUGUUCCGCCAUCUACGCCGCGAGCACUACUUCUGCCACUUCUGCGAUGCCGACGGCUGCAACGAGUUCUACAACGACUACGCCGACUUGGCCGAUCACUUCCGCCAGGAGCACUUCCUUUGCGAGGAGGGCAAGUGCGCCACAGAACAGUUUGUUGGCGCCUUCCGCAACGAGAUCGAGUACAAAGCGCACGUGGCUAACGUGCAUGGCAAGUCUCUAAAUAAGCAGCAGGCCAAGCAGACGCGCACCCUGCAACUGGAGAUUACUUUGGGACCACGCGGGCGCAGCGGUCAAACGGAGCAGGGCAUAGCCAACAUGAGAGCACGAAACGACGAGCACAACGAUUACCUGGACGAUCUCCCGUCGACAAGCAACCAGCGGCAAGUGAGCAUAGAUGCCGAUAACGAGGAGCAGUUUCCCACUUUACGAGGUGCGUCGACAGCUCCCAGCGUGUCCCUAGUGAGACCACCGCCGCCCUCGAUGCGAAAUCUCAGCGGGACCUCCGGACUUGCCAGGACCAAAGAGAACUUCCCAGCCCUGGGUGGGGGAAACGGGGGAGUUGUGGGUGGCAGUAGUCUCUCCAGUAGAGCUGCCCAGUCCCAGCAUCCAGUGGCUGCUGUAUUCAAGAAGCCAACAAGUGGAGCUAGUUCAGCUGGCCGGGCUGCUGCGGCGGGCAAUGGAAUGCUCCUGCACGUGUCCAAUCGACCAGCAGCGGGAGCAUCAGCAGCUUCGUCAAAAAAGUCAGUCCCUCCACAACUGGACUUUCCAGCCCUGCCGGGAAAGGGAAACAAAAAGAAUCUGCGCAACCUGGAAGAGGACAUGUUGCCCAGCAGCUCACCAACGCCCAUGACGAAUGUCUCGGCCAAGCAUCGCACGCUGGUCGAUGAUUAUGUGUCGGUGGCCAACCCGACCACCUUCCAGAAGCUUCAAAUGGUACAACAAGAAGAGAACGAGGCGAAGGCGCGUCAGGAAGUCUUGAAGAAGAGUGCGCCAAAGCUCACCGCUGCGGAGUUUCCCACCUUGGGACCGAGUGCAAAUGCCAGUGCCAAUUUCAGCAAGGCAACUGUCUCGAAGCCCGUUAACGGAUCUGCUGCCUUAAACUGGUCCAAGCCAGUGUCGGAGAAGAAACAGCGGGAGCUUGAAAAUCGCAAAGCUAAGGUGGCUCCCGCUCCUGUCUUGCCCACAUCCUCUGCAAAGGCGGUACCCAAAGUGACCAAUAAUAAUGGAGCAGACCAGCAAGGCAACAAGAAGGAUAAGAAGUCAAAGGAUAAGAAGAGCAACCAAGAAAAUCAACCCAAGCCGGCGGCAGCCAAGCAAAAGAAAAACAAUAACGAACAAAAAUCAACUGCCAAUGGGACCCCAUCGACGCCAACACGUAAUCCACCUGGCUUAGGUUCCGGUGCACCACUUAAUCCACCGCCCGGUUUCAUGUCCAAUGUGACUGUAAACUCGGUGGCCAAGCUGCCCAACAACCUGACCUUCACGAGCUCGAUGGGUGAGACCUAUGACAUUGUGCCUAGCCCCUACACGUACACUGACCCACCAGAUACUGGCAUGAGAAAUCAGACAUUGGUGAACAAAUUUAUUGACAUACUCAAAACGCCUGAGGCUUUAAACGAAUUUCGCAUGCUCUCGACUAAAUUCCGGGAAGGCUCAUGCACCGGUCAAGCGUACUAUGAGCACUGCCAGUGCGCCAUGCUAAGCUCGUUCUACGAGCUGUUCCCGGAACUCUUGGCUAUGCUGCCCGAUAUAAGCAAGCAACAGGAGCUGUAUUUGGUGCACAAGCAGCAUCUGAACAGCCUAUCGCCAUCGCAGCGCAAGUCCGUGCCCAGCCUUGAAGUCUGUAAGGUUUGCAAGCAAAUCCUCGUCGCACAAGAUUUGGACGGUCAUCAGCAAGUGCACGAGCUGACAAAGAACUUUCCUGCGCUCGGAAGCUCAGCUUCCAAUUCGCAUCGCAAAUAAAGGCGAAAUGGAUCCGUACA